AUGAAAAAAGUUUCAAGGAACAAGAAAAAAAGAGAAGGAGAGCCAUCGGAAUUGGUUAUUUCCACUAGUCAUGUUAACGAGGGUAAAAACAUUGCUGGAAUGAGUGACAAAAAGAACAAAUUGAAGAAAAAGAAAAGAAAUAAAGAAAAUAGUGAAGAUAAUGCCAACCAACAAAAUGAUAAUCUGGAAGGUGCAAAUUCUCCAAAGAAGAUGAAAAAAGCUGCAAGAAACAAAAAGAGAAAAGGCAUUGAGACAAGUGAAGUUGCUCCCCCUCCUACUCCAGAUGAUGAUGUUAAAACCAGUCACAAGAAAAAGAAGAAAUUGAAAAAACAGAAAAAGAAAGGAAAAGAAGAUGGUGUCGUUGAGCAUCUUUUGCACUCUAGUGAAGUUGGAUCCAAUUCUAACCAACAAAUCGGUAACUCAAAGAGUAUCUCUCAAAUAAAACCCGAUGACAAUGAAGACGGAGUUUAUGAAAUUUCCUCAGGGGAUGAGGAUGAGACAACAGGAAUGAAAAGAUGGAUUGGUGAAUACCAUGGAGGUAGACCUGGAGCAGAGGUUUUGUUGCAAAGGAUCAACGACUUCUUAGUUGACCACUGGGCACAGAAGGAAAAGGAAAGAAAAGAAAGGGAGAGUGAAGCAGCAGAAGGUGGAUGGACAGUUGUGACACAUAUGAAAGGAAGGAAAAAGACGACAGAUGUGGAAAGUGGUACAACUGUUGGGUCUGUUGCUCAGGCUGCUGUCGUGGACAACAUCUCCAAAAAGAAGAAGAAACAAAACCAAGACCAAGUUGGCCUCACUUUCUAUCGUUUUCAGAGAAGAGAGGCACAAAGAAAUGAGAUCAUGAUGCUACAGAGCAAAUUUGAGCAGGACAAGAAAAGGAUACAACAAUUGAGAGCUGAAAGGAAGUUCCGACCCUAUUAGCACCUCACCUCAAUUCACAAAUUUUGAAUUUCGUUUUUAUCUGUAACAUGAGAGCUGUUCAAGUCAAGGGGGUCAAAAUUUUUGUUCGUUAUUAAAUUAUUGACUGAUCAUAGAGAUUUCACUAAACUUUUGUAAAAUCUAUUCUGUUUUGUAUGGUUUGGUUUUGAAUGAUUCCAUUAUUGUCUAGUUUUUGGUUUUCAUUUUUUGCUUGUACAAAAGUAUUAGAGGUAAUACUAAAAUAGAUCGCCAUCAGUGAAUUCAUUAAAGAAAAUA